GCCUUUCCUGCUGUGUUGAAGUAUCGAGACAAUUGGGACAUCAUGACUACCAACGCGACACCAACUGAGUCGCAGAAAUACCUGUCCACCCGAGGGGGUGACUACGGCCUCUCCUUCGAGACCGUGGUGCUGAAGGGAUUGGCUGCCGAUGGUGGCCUUUUCUUGCCGCACGAAGUUCCGAUUGCAGAGAACUGGCAAAGUUGGAAAGAUCUCUCCUACGCCGAACUCGCCCUCAAGAUUUUCAGUCUCUACAUCUCGACUUCCGAAAUCCCCACAGACGAGCUGAAAGGCAUUAUCGAUCGCAGCUACUCCACAUUCCGCGCCGACGAUAUCGUUCCAUUGGUUCAUCUGAAGGACGACAACCUCUAUCUUCUUGAGCUAUUCCACGGACCAAGCUACUCGUUCAAAGAUUGCGCCUUGCAAUUCUUAGGAAAUCUUUUCGAAUAUCUGCUAGUACGGAAGAACCGUGGUAAACAAGGCAAAGAUAGACAUCAUUUGACGGUUGUUGGCGCAACGAGUGGCGAUACUGGGUCUGCCGCAAUCUACGGUCUUAGAGGCAAGAAAGAUGUAUCGGUCACUAUCUUGCAUCCCAAGGGCCGUAUCAGCCCCAUCCAAGAGGUGCAGAUGACAACCUGCACUGAAAAGAAUGUCCACAAUCUUGCCGUUACGGGGACAUUCGAUGACUGCCAAGAUAUCGUCAAGGCGCUGUUUGGCGAUGCUGACACAAAUGAGAACGUGAAGCUGGGUGCUGUGAACUCGAUCAACUUUUCGAGAAUCCUCGCUCAGAUCGUGUUCUACUUCUAUGCAUACUUCUCGCUUACGAAAAAGUCGCCCACCUUCAAGGUAGGAGAUAAAGUCCGAUUUGUCACCCCCACUGGAAAUUUCGGCAACAUCCUUGCUGGUUACUUUGCGCACAAGAUGGGCCUCCCUGUGGAUAAGCUGGUUGUGGCCACGAACGAGAAUGAUAUCCUACAUCGGUUCUGGACAACUGGCCGUUAUGAGAAGCAACCUGCUGAAGAUUCUGCCAGCAAGACUGAUGAAUGCAAGGAGACGCUGAGCCCGGCCAUGGAUAUCUUGGUCUCUAGUAACUUCGAAAGACUGUUGUGGUUUCUGGCAAAAGAAUAUGCCGCGGCGAAUGGCAAAGAUAACCUUUCUAGCAAAAAGCAAGCUGGUGAAGACAUUGUGGCCUGGUAUAGCUCACUGAAAGCCGCAGGUGGCUUUGGACCCAUCCACCAGGAUAUGCUGAAUAACGGCCGACAAAUUUUCGAGAGUGACCGUGUGAGCAACUCGGAGACCUCGGCGACCAUUCGGUCUUGUUAUCAAGAGACCAAAUACGUCCUUGAUCCCCACUCCGCUGUGGGAGUUACAGUUGCCGAAAGAUCGAUUGCCCGGAAGCCCACGCAUCACAUCUCGCUCUCAACUGCUCACCCAGCGAAAUUCUCUGAUGCUGUCAACGAAGCCUUGAAGGAGGAGGCCGGCUUUGAUUUCGAAACCCAGGUGCUCCCAGAUGAGCUCAAGGCUCUCUUGCAAAAGGAAACACGCGUAACAGAGGUGGAGAACUCAUGGCAGGCUGUGAGAGAGAUCCUUAAGAGUCAAGUACAAGAGGAUGUGAAGGCCCAGGAAGGGGGUCUUUAGAUGAAGCCCAGCCCUGUGGGAGAGAAAACGAGGUUCAUGUGAUCAUAUAGAAUAACUAGACCUGGAAAAGCGACCGUCAUGGGCCUCAUGAGAGUUUUCCAUAGUUUGGAGACUUUUUAGACGCCUUCGUACGAAUACCUGACCUGGCCAAAGACCUGUAUUUGUGUAUUGACUGAUACUCCUUUUUAAUGUACAUCAUGAACUCAGAAAAAUCAGCAUAUUGUUCCACAUUUUCAUUGA